AUAUUUUAGUCAUUUUUCUCCGUUAAUAAUUUACUUUUAUAAAAAUCGGAAAAAAUUCAAGUUUCUUUUUAAUAUUUUAAAAUAAAACCGAUUUUAUUUAUUUGUUUCGGACAGAUUUUGUUAAUAUAUACUGAGAAAUUUCUGAAAUAGAAUUUCUUUCAAUUUAAAUUGUCAAUAUUAUAUGAAGUACUCAACGUCUCCAUCGAAGUUUCUAGACUAACGGUUAGUGGAUAGAUCACAAGAUCCGAAAAAAGUCAUUUUUCACAUCUCAAAUUUUACCUGACCAUUCUCACAAAGAAGUUUCCAAUAAUUAGCUUUUAUGUAGCUAUGUCUUGUACCAAUGUUUUUGGACAUCCACAACGAUCAGGAGUUGAUUUUUCCACAGAAUUUAGAAGUUGGAAUCGUCCAGUCAUGUUAGGGAAGCGAAAAAAUAGCACACCAUUAAGUAGGGAUAGUUGUCAAGAACCUCCUGAAAAAUUAUAUGUUGAUGAACAGUUUCUUUGCGAUCAUCUGCGUGAUAUCACAUUAUUAAAAACCGAAAAGAAGGAAGUUAUUGAAGAAGAGGAAUACACAAUUAGCAUUUCCGAUGAUGUACGACGUCAGUGGGAAAAAUUUACAAGGGACGUUCUACCACCUAGAGUUGUUGAAGAUAUCUCGAAAAGACAAUCGAUGCAAAUGGUCCUAUGGAAGCCAUUACCUGUUGACGAAAUAGCAUCAAAAAAUGCUAAGACAGCCAAUACGAGCCAGGGCAGUGAUUUAUGUGAAGGUGAUAGGCCAGUUUCCUCAAACUACAUUAAUUCAGAGUUCACGUCACGUGAAUUUUUCAACAAUAACAACAACCACAAUAAUAAUAAUAGUUCGGAUUGUAAUCUGAAUCACAACAACAAUAACAAUUCCCAAAUUACUAAUCAAUAUGCAGUAAAUUAUCAAGAAAAUGUAUCACCAAUGAAUGGUAUUUCGUAUAGUGAAGACUUUUAUACAACUUCGGACAUGAAUGAUUAUCAGAUCGAUGAUAAUGAGACUUGUGACUAA